CGGUGCCUGUAUGUUUAUAUUUAGAUACACAAUUAAGUUGUAUACUUCUUAAGGCCGGCCAAAAGAUAUAGCUCAAGAGUGCAGAUCAAGCCAGACAAACAAGGAGAUGGACAACCAUGUAGCUCGCUGGUCACUGCAUGGAACCAAAGCUUUGGUCACUGGAGGUACCAAAGGAAUUGGGCAUGCCAUAGUUGAAGAACUAGCAAAGUUUGGAGCCACUGUGCACACGUGUUCUCGGAAUGAGUCUGAACUUAAUGCAUGCUUGAAAGAGUGGGAAGACAAAAAAUUUAAUGUCACUGGUUCAGUCUGUGAUGUUUCUUCUCAGAUUGAACGAGAGAGAAUAAUAAACAGUGUCUCUGCUGUUUUCCAAGGGAAGCUUGAUAUCCUUAUAAACAAUGUGGGCAUGUGCUGGAUCAAGCCAACUUUAGAAUGCACUGCUGAAGAUUAUUCCCAGACAAUGGCUACUAAUUUUGAAUCAGCAUUCCAUUUAAGCCAACUGGCUCAUCCUCUCAUGAAAGCAUCAGGAUCAGGUAGAAUAGUAUUCAUCUCUUCCGUUGGCACAAGAGUAGUUUAUCAAGGCAUAGCAAUUUACGCAGCUAGCAAAGGAGCAAUGGAUCAACUCACCAAACAUUUAGCUUGUGAGUGGGCCAGAGACAACAUCAGAGUCAACAGUGUUGCACCUUCAGUCAUUAAAACUCCUCUCAUUAAAAAGCUUGGUGUUGAUGAAGCUAUAACGAAAGAAACAUCUAGAGUUCCUCUGAACAGACUGGGAGAACCAGAAGAGGUGGCAUCAGUGGUGGCCUUCCUCUGUCUGCCAGCAUCCUCAUACGUCACAGGCCAAACGGUUUGCAUUGAUGGGGGACGUGCACUUAAUUACACCACCACUGAUUAGUUCUUCAAUAUGGAUUUUUGACAGUGAUCUCUGUCAUUGGCCUCAUGAACAAAGGGAAUAACUUAAUAUUGUUUUGCAUGUUUUA